AUUUCGGUCAUCUCAUAAUUUCUCCACCUAUUAAAGGGCAGAGGCGCCGUGAAAAGAAGAACACAGCGGCCAAGAUCACUGCUUCUGGAUAGCGCUCACUGCCAAAGCUUGCUUCCUUGAAUCCAUGGCCAAUAAUCCCUCUCAGCUCCUUCCAUCAGAGCUAAUUGACAGGUGCAUAGGGUCGAAAAUAUGGGUGAUAAUGAAAGGAGACAAGGAGCUCGUUGGUACUCUCAGAGGCUUCGAUGUCUAUGUAAACAUGGUCCUCGAAGAUGUCACUGAAUAUGAAAUCACAGCUGAAGGGCGGCGAAUUACCAAGCUUGAUCAGAUACUACUAAAUGGGAACAACAUCGCCAUUCUGGUUCCUGGUGGUUCCCCUGAUCCAGAAUGAAAACGCAGUGGAUGUAUGCUGAUUUUAGUUUUCUUUCUUCAUAUAACUGAUGAUGGAUUACAUUCUCAUUUUUAUUGAGAAGUUUAGCCAUUAAGAAUUUCUUCUCUCACUGUACUUUACCCAUGGAUGUAGUUCCAGCUAUUAUGGUGUAUGGGAUGAUGUUUGUUUUAAUGAUUAGUGUAAUAUCUUCUCUUGCCUCUUCUAGACA